AGCACACAAAUAAGGGGAAAUGGGAUUGUCUAAAAAGACCGCUGUAUCAGAUUCUCGUCCUGAGGAAAAUUCUGGAUUUAGCGCAAACGAGAAUGGGUUGGGUGUGGAGAGACGAACCGGACGACGAAGCCGACGCCGUCGUAGUCGCCAAAUCGACUAUUCGUGACGGCGAGCGCUGCUCCACCAGGAAGAUGGUGAGGUCCCAGUGCAAGACGGAGGAGGUCGAGCCUGGAAAAUUCGUCCGGAAGUGUGAGAAGACUGAGGAGAUUCUCCGAGAUUGCAUCGGAAGGCCUACUGAAUUGGUGAAAUCCAACACAGAGUACACUGAGGAAGAUGUCACAGAGGCGGUGUUAAAAGGUCGAUUUCCCUUAGAAUCGCAUGGGGAAGCACCGUUUUCCUUCCCUGGUCUACGCAAUGAUAUUGAGUCCAUUGAACGUCACGUCUUUGGUGGGAUCAAAAGUCUCUUUGACGCUGCUGAGGAGAUGAGGAAGAGUUUCUUUGAUGGUUUUGAAGAACUGCAUGGCAGAGAACGGUCAUCCUCACCUUCUAUCAGGCGAAGGGUACCCAUUGAAGGUCGUCCUGAGAUAAAAUCCUCUCCCAAACCAGAAGAGGCUGGCAAUAUUGAUCUUUCUGGUUUAGCUAGAGAUGUUUGAACUUUCUAGCUGCUCGCCAAGAAAGUGCCCUUUCGCGCUUCCAUAACAUCUACUGCUUUUUAUAAUGGGUUUAUCCAAGGGUAUAGGAUAAGAAGUAAUGAUUGUAUAAUUAUUAUAUUAAUUUUUAUCUUAACAAUAAUAAAGUUGACUUUUGUUU